AGCUACCAUGUCCUGAAAACAUAAAAAUCGUGGUCGAAAUCAUUUAUUAAAUGUUUUCGCCAAAAAAAAAAAUCUCGCCUCUCAGUCAUGGACCGUCCUACUUCGUUUUUGACGUGAGAGAAUUUAUUUUAUUCAUUUUUUUUCUCCUUCCCUUUUAGCUUUGCUUAAGAUCGAGAAAUGAGAGGGUUGAUUGAAUCAAUGGGUACCAACAGAUUUAUCUUGUUGAAGAAAACCCAUUUUGCCUAUGCUUUUUUGCAUCGAAACAUGUUUCGAGUCCUUGUUUCUUUCUGGGUUUUUCUCUCUAAGCUCAUUCGAUCCUUCUUCAGGUUUUCAACCAGUAGGUUUCUUGAGGGUUCGGACUCAAACAUUGAUGACUUCAAUGAAAUACGCAGCAAUGAUCAUGUUGAUGAAGGGAACAGAGAAACAGAGAGCUCUCCCAUGGUGGCAAGCACGAGCAAGUAUGAGUUUUUGUGCAGUACAGGUAUCAGUGGUUUCGUUGAAGAACCAGAAACAAAGAGCUUUACUGUGCAUGCGUUCUUUAUGGGUUCAAAUGAUUAUGUUGAAGCGGAGAAAACAGAGGAAACAAAUGCUGUUUUUGAAGAAAAAACAGAGGAAUGUGCUUUGAGGUUUUCCUUUUUUGAAUUUGAGAAGCAAAUCGAAGUUAUCAAACAAGAAGAGCCAGUUGAGGAUUAUGUGGGGAGGUCAAGCGUUGAAAGUAGUGUUGAGAAACAAGUAGGUGACAUGGAAGGUAAUGAACAUGUUGCAGACGUUUUUGAGAGCAUUGUUGUUGAUAAGUGUUCCGGAAAAUGUCACAAAGACAACACGGGAAAAGAAAUUCAUGAAUGCAACACAAGGAUUUCAGAUCAUAAAGAACUAACAAUCUUUGAAGAGCCAGUCAAUGAUUCUGAAGAAGAUUUAAGCGCCGAGACAGAGUCAAUUGCUUCCCCAGAAAAAACCAUAGAACCAAACAUGCAAGAUGAAGAAGAAGAAGAAGAUGAUGAUUUGAUCGACCGGCUGAAAAUGGAAGUGAAAAUUGCAAGAGCUGGGGGACUUGCAACUAUUUUAGAAGAUUUUGAGUCCCCAAAGAUGGUGCAAGAACUAGGGCCACUGAAAAUUGAUGAAAAAUAUGAUCGCAAACAUCACAUGGGUGAAAUUCAAAAGGUUUACAAGAGCUACUCUGAUAAAAUGAGGAAACUUGACAUAUUGAAUUCCCAGACCAUGCAUGCAAUCAGUUUACUUAAACUAAAAGAUGUUCCAAUUCAAGUAAGCACACUCGGGAAAUCUUCAGCAGCACCAACAAAGUCACUUCAUAAAGCAUUGUCAUUCAAACAAAGGAAGGCUGAAGCUGAACCAGCAAUGAAGUUGAUUAAGGAUUUGCACAAGGACUUUGAGACAGUUUAUGUUGGACAAAUAUGCCUUUCUUGGGCAAUACUGCAUUGGCAAUUUGGUCAAGUGAAGAAACUGUUGGAUUGUGACAACAGCCUUUCCAUUCAUCACUAUAACCAAGUUGCCGAGGAAUUCCAACAUUUUCAAGUCCUUUUGCAAAGAUUUCUAGAGGAUGAACCCUUUCGAACCGGACACAGAGUCGAAAAUUACACUUACAGCCGAUGCUCCGUUCGACAUCUUCUUCAAGUUCCGGUUAUCAAAGAUGAUUGCUCAAAGUGUAAGGAUGAUGCAAUCUCAUGUGAGAUGUUAAAAGGCAUCAUUGAAGAAUCAUUGCUUGUUUUCUGGGAAUUCCUCCGAGCAGAUAAAGAUGAAGCGAAUUCAACCUCCAAGGCCCUCCGGUCUCAGGUUGCCCCACACGAACCUAUCGAUUUUGAGUUCUUGAUGGAUGUCAAAACACAUCUUCAUAAGAAGGAGAAAAGGCUGAAGGAAAUUCAGAGAGGCACAAACUGCAUAAUAAAGAAGUUCCAGAGGCAAGAACAUCAAGGGAAUCUAUUAGAUUAUGCAUUGUUCAUCGCUCAAGUUGAACUAAAAUUGGUUUCCAGAGUGUUAAACAUGUCAAAAAUAAGCACAGAUCAGUUAGCUUGGUGCCAUGAGAAAUUACAAAGGAUUAGAUUUAGUAGCAGGAAGAUAGAGAUAGAGCCCUCUUUUACACUGUUCCCAUGUUGACAAUGGCCAUCAUUGCCACCACUAUACUUGUUAUCAGUUGUAAAUGUAUACAUAUACACACAUAUAUAUGCAUGUGAGAGAUGAAGCAAUGCAAAGAUAAAGAAAUCUUUUACAAGCUGGUCUUACAGCUUUGUUUCUUUGCCAACGAGUAUUUUGUACAAUCAACCAUAAUGGAAUGUGUUAGAUGAAAUAAUAUCAGUUUUGGUCCCUCCUAA